CUAUAUAAGGCGCUGCAGGGAGGACGAGGGGAGAAUGCGGCUCUGUGUGCAGGACUCUCAGCAGCGCUGCUUCCCAGACUCGUGUGGAGGGAAUUGUCCAUGUGUUGGAGACAGCCAAGGAGCUUUAGGACUGUGAUCUCUGCCCGUAGGUUGUAGUCGUGUUCGGAUCCCAGGGUGACAGAACAGCACAUUACCUCGCCUGGUGGUCCUGGGGUAUUUUGUUUCCUAGGAUUAUACAACAAAGCGACAUUUGAUCCCUAUUGCUGCCAGUCUCUUAUCCCAGGUGAAAGGAAGCCUACCUACUGACUGUAAGGGCCAGAGGAGAACCACACAGUACGGCGGGAUGACCGCAGAGAGCCAGCAGUCCCCGCCCAGGGCCACCGGCGCCUCCACCAACCUGCAGCAGUCCAGCAGCUUUGCUAUGCCAGUGGUGAAGGUGGAGAAGGAGCAGGGCUCAGAGGCCAGUGUGUCCAGCGGGCAGUCUGAGGUGGAAGACACCCCGAAAGGCAGGAGGAGGAAAAGACCCCUGCAGAGGGGUAAGCCGCCCUACAGCUAUAUCGCUCUCAUAGCCAUGGCCAUAGCGCACUCCUCUGAUAGGAAGCUCACCCUGGGCGGUAUCUACAAGUUCAUAACGGAGCGCUUUCCCUUCUACCGGGACAACUCCAAGAAGUGGCAGAACUCCAUCAGGCACAACCUCACCCUCAACGACUGCUUCAUCAAGAUCCCCAGGGAGCCCGGGCGACCGGGCAAAGGCAACUACUGGGCGCUGGACCCCAAUGCGGAGGAUAUGUUUGACAGCGGGAGCUUCCUGCGGAGGAGGAAGAGAUUCAAAAGGACGGAUGUCACCACUUACCCAGCUUACAUACAUGACACAGCCAUGUUCCCAUCCCUGCAAGUGGCCAGGCCAUCAUACCCCAACUCAGUGUACUCCAACAUGACUGUCAGCCCGGGCUAUGGCCAGCAGGUCGCCCCCCAUUCCUCGGUGUAUUAUCCCUCCUCCUCCCCCGCCUUCGGCACCGGCCAGUCCCGGGUGUUCAGCAUCAACACCCUGAUCGGCCACUCAGGAGGCUCGGAGCAUGCCCAGCAGGCGAGCAGGUCUAUCAGCCCAGAGGCCGCGGCCACCACAGCCAGCUCCUGCACCUAUGCUGCCGCCUCAGGCUACAGCAGCCAGUCCGGGGGAGCCUCCAUGCUGCACAGGUCUGCCAACCCGGUGCCAUAUUCCUACCCAGUGCCCAACAGCCACCUGCCCAUCAGCCAGGGUUCCUACACACACGGAAACACACAGUUGUUUGGCACACCCAGCAGGCUGCCCAUGCCCACCUCACCUGUGAUGAGCGCUGACAGUAUGGACUUCUAUGGGAGGAUGUCUCCAGGACAAUACACAUCACUGUCUAGCUACAACAGCAACGGGCAGCACCCGGGCACAAAUGCCUACCUAAGACAUGCCGCAUACUCUGGCAACAUGGACAGAUUUGUGUCUGCAGUGUGAUCUGGGCAUCAUCCUGGUGCUGCAAUGCUGGAGGGCAUUACAUGGACUCUGGCUGUAGCGCAUGGUGCAGGUCUCCCGAGGUUCUUUACUGUGUAAUGAUACGGAGACAGCAGGGUACCAGUGUUCUACCUGCAGUCACUGAUCGCCGUGUCAUCACACAUUGGCCCAGGAGCUCUUAUGGUGGAAAGAUGGACUAGAAGCUGCAAUAUUUGACAAGCUCAGCAUUCCUCAUCCUUUUAUUUUUCCCUAUGGGAGGAAAAGGAGGACCAAUAUUUACAUUGUGUAUAAAUAAGGUUUUAAAAGUUCUAGAGCUGUAAAAUAAUAAUCACAUUCUCUUUAAUUCUGUUUUUUAUUAAUGUCGCGACCACACAUUUGUAAUGAGUUGAAAUGAAUAAAAUAGCUAAUGAAGUGC